AUGACAGACGUCAAUAACGAGGGCAAGCAAAACUCGACACGUUUAAAUGCGCAAAACUCAACUUCAUCAUCAUGGUGGUCGCUGCCCCCUGCGAUUCGACGCGUCUUUGAUCGGUUCCCUCUGGUAACGAUUUCUGCGAAUGACCUCCCCCAGCGAGCUCCACGGAAUCGCAAUGAGAAUGUCCUCUAUAUCUUCCAGUCGGACGACCCCAGGCGCCGAGAUGCUCCGUCCUUCAACCCGUCCUGUCUGAAAUGGCAAGCCUACCUCAAGUUCCACGGCAUUCCGUUCCGAACUCGCUCAUCAAACAACCAUGCCGCCCCGACCGGAGCACUUCCAUUCCUUCUUCCAGCUCCGAAAGAUGCUUCUCGGCCAUCGUCUCCAGUUCCUGCAAGUCGAUUAAGGAGAUGGGUUAUAUCACAAGGAGGGAAAGAAGAGAGCUUCCAUAUGCGACAAGAAGCAUAUAUUGCCUUGAUAGACCACGCGAUCCGCAGUGCCUGGCUGUACUACCUAUACCUCGACCAAGUCAAUUUCAAGGCCGUCGCAUGGCCAUUAUAUGUGGCGUCCGCGUCAUCGUCCCAACCUGUCCGGCUCAGCUUAGCGAAGCAACUUCAGUCGGCGGCAAGGGAAGAACUGCUCAAGGCAAAUACCAUCAUUGAUCCACAAGACCUUUAUGCUCAAGCUGAACAAGCCUUUCAGGCUCUAUCCACACUCCUUGCGGACAACCAUUUCUUCUUCGGUCAGACCACUCCUGGGUUUUUCGACGCCAGUUUGCUUGCAUACACCCAGAUUAUUCUUGACGAUAGCCUCAAUUUCGGCACCCCAACGUUGAAGCGGGUUUUACAACAAUACGACAACUUGAUCCAACACAGAGAUCGACUGAUUCGCGGGUUCUUCAGUGGCUGA